AUGUCAGAGUGUCUUGUUUGCACAAUUAGACCUCCCAGGCAGACUAAAGGGGGGACAUCUCGUAGCCAAAAUUUGGAGAAGGGGGAACGCAAAGCUUCGGGAGUUCACUGGAAGUCUGAAACUCAACUCAAAGAUGGCUGGUCGGAGGACAGUUUAACAUUUCGACGCCUCUUUACGGGUGGUCUGGAGCAACAACGACAACGACGAUGA